GCGACAAACCCGGAGAUUCAAUUUGCAUAUGUAAACAUAAUCUAAUUUGCUCUGUGUCGCGAGUUUUUUAAGUCACGUGGUGUAGCUUCGACCAAUCAAAUCCUUUGUUUCUUCAUCACCGCCAAGCUCAGUUUACUUGGGAACUCCCGAUUUUGACCGAGUUCGGUGAUUUUUAUUUGUUUUGUUUGUUGUCCUAAAUUCCUACGAUGUCUUCAGUGGAGGAAUUUAAGUUCUAGGGUGUCUCUCGUACCUAUGGACACAGAUUUAACGAUAUUUAUCCUCAAAUAUCACAUUUCCACGCUGGUUUUGCCGAAACUUCGAUCGCGAACAUCGCUCGAAACACUGAACCGCACCGCGAGGACAUGGGAACAACAGAGUUUCUGUCAUAGCGAGAAUUAAUCAAUGGGACGCCAUCUCUUCGCUCAAUUUCGACUCGAACCAGUUCGGCUAGGCAGCGGCACCGUACCUCCGGACCACUGACAAUCGAAUCUCGGGGAGCGAGCCUGGGGCUUGGCCCUCUUCUCCGGUGCGAUCGCAAAUAGCUCCAUGGUACAGCGCAACACGGGAUUGCUGACGCGACGUCACCGGGACAAAGCAAACAUGUCUUGUUUUACAACCCGUUGAUUCAGCUUGGACUGCUAGCCUAGAUUGUUAAUGCCAAAUUCAGCCAUAAAUCGACAAUUUCCUCAUCACCAUGGAACCGAGUGCUAGUUUGACUAGCUUGUGGGGUUCUGAGGGUCAUGGUAGCCCAUUGAAGUCGCAACCCUCGACACCUUCAAAGUCUCUAGGUAAAGAUAUCCUUGGUGAAGAGGUGACAAGCUUUUAUGAAGAUGCUGGCCUGGGAGGCAUUGCACGAGAGGCAAAGUUGAUUGACCCUUCUGGCACACUGAGAAGUGAUGGCAAUCUCCAACAAGUCACAAGAGUUGUUCAUCUUCCUCAGUUAAUCUCACCCAAACCCUCCCCCAUGAAGACCACCACCCAGAUCCUACCCAAAGUGGCAACCAUCGUCACGACAACCAAUGUCAACACACUUCCAGUGAUCCUCACACCUCAGAGGCAAGUCUUAGCAACUGGGAGUCCAAGUCAAUCACAAACUUUCACACCUGUUGCUUUACAAUCACCAAGUUGGACGACAGGGUCAUCACAGAAAAGAAGGGGUGAUUUUUCAGAUGAAUUUGAUAAUAGUAGCAAGAGGAAGAAGAGGGAGAAUCAGAAAGAAUCAAAGGGUCUCCGUCACUUCUCUAUGAAGGUUUGUGAGAAAGUACAGCAGAAAGGCAUCACAUCGUAUAACGAAGUAGCAGAGGAGCUCGUCAGAGAAUUUAGUCAGCCAGCACAUCAAUUCUUACCAUCAGAAUCGCAUCAGUAUGAUCAGAAAAACAUCAGGCGGCGGGUCUACGAUGCCCUCAAUGUCCUCAUGGCAAUGAACAUCAUCUCAAAAGAAAAGAAAGAGAUUAAAUGGAUUGGUUUGCCAACGAACUCAAGGCAAGAAUGCGACAAGUUAGAAACAGAGAAGAGGAAAAAAUUAGAGAGUAUAAGGCAAAAGAAAUCACAGCUUCAAGAACUCCUCUUACAGCAAAUUGCUUUCAAGAACCUGGUUACGAGGAACAAGAGGUUAGAAGAUACAGGAGCAAGUCCGCCAACCAGUAACUCAGCCAUUCACUUACCUUAUAUUAUUGUCAACACAAGCAAGAAGACUGUCAUUGACUGCAGCAUAUCAAAUGAUAAGUAUGAGUAUCUUUUCAACUUCAAUGACACCUUUCAAAUCCAUGACGACAUUGAGGUAUUAAAGCGAAUGGGUAUGGCGUAUGGACUGGAGAAAGGUCAAUGUACUCUUAGUGAUCUAGAGAGGGCCAAGACAAUGAUACCCAAGACGUUAGAACCUUACCUUGCAGAAAUGGCCCAGCAGAGCCAGAGCACGUCGAGUACAACAAUCAUCGCAGGACCAAGUGGUAUCCAUACCCAGAGUGCUUCAAAGCCUCACCUACCGGGUGAUCCUCAGUUCUCGCCCCUUGCUGUUCCGCUCUCACAUUCUGUUGAUGCAGAGGUUGCCUUAGCGACCGCUGACCUGGCCAUCUCCCAAUCAUCGAGUUUAAGUUCCUACUCAGAUGCAGGCCCAUCACGGGGUGCUACCGACACGCCCAGCUCGUUACUCGACACCGACAGUGACGAAUCAAGUCGUGAAUCAUUCCAAGUCUAAUACACAGUCUUCCGUUUUUUUGUCCAAUCGCCUUUUAUAUCAUAAACUCUUCGAUCAGCCUUGAUGUACCCUACAAAGACUAUGCUUCACAGACUGAAUAUGCGCGAUGGCUUUCAUCUUGGUUUGAUAGUGAGGCUAUUUCAGUUUCAGGACUUGUGUCAACCAAGAAUCGAUUGGACCUACGUUGUAUUGUGAAACCCAUUGAGCGAGCGUGUAGGGUAUUUCAUUACAGAUGAAGAAAGUGAGGAGCAAGGAAAAAACAAAAGGAUUUGUUGAAAACCAGAAGAACUGUUGAAGUGUUUGCAGAGAUGAGCUGAGGUGAUUUCUUUAUUUCAGGAAGGAGUGCUUUUGCUAGAUAAGCUGACAUUAUGAAGUAGAGAUUUGCUCAGUUGAGCUCGGACUCGGGAUUCUCGGAGUGGAACAACGUGCCUUUAGAUCAACUUAUUAUAUUAAUAUGUAUAGAUGUGACCUUUGUAAACUUGUGAUAGAAAUUAUUGCCCAUUCCUUCAAGUAUCAUACAAAAGGUCAAUGUUUUUCAAAGUAAUAUUAAAAUGGAUAAUGGGGUCAAGUUCUUACAUUCCUCUACCCAAUCGAGACAAAAGACUCCUGGUUGCCUAGCCCAAUUUUCUCUUCCAAUAGUUUUUCUAAUUUUUUGUUGUUGCAUGGUAAGUGAUAUGUUCUAGAGUCUAUAAUAUUUAAUGUAACAAGAGUUUUGUUGGGGACUUGUCGUUGGGAACAUAAUAUUGUACAUGUCUAGAGACAGUUUUAUUGAAAAAAAAAAAGAUAUAUCUAUACUGAGAGAUUGAAAUACUGUUUGCUGUGAACGUUUAAUAUAUUGCAGUGCCACUUGCAUUAACCUUGUCAAUUUACAAUGAGCAUACUUUUGGUGAGAAUUAUUACCAAAUUUUAAUUUUUAAACAACUAUAAAAGAAUAAUCUAUGCUAAUUUCAAAACAAUUCAGUGAAAAUCAAAAGAAAUUUGAAAAGGGGGAAAGCACUUUAUUUUUAGGUGGGUUGUAUGGAAAAUGGAAUAUCUUAUAGUGUCGUGUAGUUCAACUAUGGAAAACCAGUGAUAGUAUUAUUUGUUAUUGAGAAUGGAUGUGUCUGAGCAAAGUGCUAUGCAGAGAUGUUUGUGUGUGGUUGUGUGUGUGCGUGCAAUUGUGUACACCAUAAGCAGUGUGUACACCCUAUAAGAUGAAAAAAUAUGACAUCCCUGGUUUUCCAUAGUUAGGAUUUUCUGUUUUAAAUCAGGCUCGGUGAAGGCUCAGGGUAUGAAAUUUGGCAGGCAUGGUUGUGAAAAAUACAAGAAAUUUUGAUGAAACAUCAUUGAUUUUCAAGCAUAGUGUUUUGUUGUUGAGUGCUCGCUGCAGACUGAGAUACUAAACACCAGCUUUGACUGGGUGUCUAGAUUAACACUUCCCAGCUCAACACUGAGUGACGCCAAUCCUAGCUUGAGCCUGAUUUUGAGUGUACAGAUAGUGUUUGGGUUUUCCCCUGACACUAACACCAACAUCAUCUUUUGUCUGUGUAGCUCAUAGCUUGUGUUAUUUUGGUGAACAGCCAUAUACACUGUUGUUCAAAAGUAAUAUAAUUCUUUACAGCAAUCACUAAAAAAUAUGCCCCAGUCUAAUUUAUCUUUGUACGGGGGCUCGGGGCUAAUUUGCCCCCUAAAUGCCCUUAAGAGCCCCUGAAAAUGCCAGAAGAUCCAAUGUAAACUGUAUAGAAAAUUUUGGUUGAGGAGCUCAAAAUUAGCCCGGGACAGUGUUUUAUGAACAUCUUUCAUCUAGCAGUACAUGAAGCACCCAUGCAGGAAGAGUUUCUUAUAUCUAGAGCACAUCCUAAACACGUAAUUUUUUGGUUGAAAAUCAAAUUGGGAUUGAUUGCAACUCAUGUUUGCUCCUUGUGAAAGCGUGGGGGGGGGGAUGUCAUUAUGACAAAUUUAUCAGAACAGCAAUCGAAAAGGAAUUAUGAAAUGAUCACGUUACAAUAUAGAUCACUAUAUUACUUUGUACUUGUUUUAUAUACUGAAAUGUUGCAUGGAGAAGAUAAAGCAGAUUCUAUUUGAAAUCUUAAAAAAAAAAAAAAUUCUUAGAUGAGAUACAAGUAGAAGAUCAGGGGGAGUUUUCACAAAGAGUUGAAUGUUACUUGAAGUUGCUGUUUAAUCAUAAUUCCUUGUUGUGUUCAGUAUGGUCACUGCAUGGUCAUAUUAUGCUCAAGAUGCACGCUAAGUACUGCGUAUUCUUCAACAAGAUUAGCUGAUACAUUCCAUGUUCACAUUGCCACUUGGCAAGGGUGGACCCUUCAAAGACUCGCGAUUGAUCCGAUCAACCACUAACUUCAACGUCUAAAAUGCAUGUUUGUUCAAAAUACGUCUAGAUAUGCAGUAUAUUCAUACAUUCAUUGAUUUCUCGCAAAUUCAGUGUGAUAUUCUCCUUGUUUGAAAAGGAAAUUGGGCAAAUUUCCUGUAGUAGAAAAAUAUGACAUUGAUGGCUUUCCAUACAUUUGAGGUAGAUCGAAUCAAUCCUAACACUCGGUAAGACGGGGCCAUGAUGUCACACUCCACUUUCUUUUUAAACAUCCAUUGUUAAUUAGAUAUAGUGAAUUCUGACAAGCUCUUUUAUAAUUCAUUAUGUAAGUAGUUAAAUUUGCAGUCAUCUAUCUUUAUAUUUGCAAAAAAAUUUGCAGAAAUCGGACAAAAAGAAGUCGUAUCCUUUAUGAUAUGCUGAACACAGAAAUUGUAAAAUACUGUAGACGUAUUACACAAACAGUAAAAGAAGAGAAUUAUAAUUUAUGAAGUAUAUAGUUCAGGAUUCUAACAUAUAUGCAUAUGCAUAUAUCAUUCACUCUCCAACGUGUUAAAAAAUGUAUUUGUAAAUGAUAAGUAUGGGGUCAUAAAAUUCAGAGUCUAAGUGGUGAAUUUCUUAUUACUGUCAAAUAAGAUAACAUCAACAUUAAUUUUUGUUUUCUAAUGAGUCAUUCAAGCUAAAGUCCUCUGUUUUCAGUAAUACUUAUUGCGUCAUUCAAAGUAAAGUUCCCAGUUUUCAGUGAUAAUUUUUGUGUCAUUUAAAACUAAUUUCCCCAGUUUUCGGUGAUACUUAUUUUGUCAUUCAAAAUAAAGUCCCCAGUUUUCAGUGGUACAGAAGACAGAAUAGGCAAUGUAACACAAAAUACACGCUUUUUCACAGAAAAUUGUAUUUUCUAUGAUAAAAAAAUUUUGUGAUAAUUUUAAGGCCAAAUGUAUAAAAAUAAGGAAAAUAAAGGUUAGACAUACUAGAAAAAUGUACUAAAAACAAGGCAUUAAUCAUUUCCCUGGGGAUAAGAUCAUCUUUGAAUUAAACAGUUGUCACCCUUUACCUUCACAUCUUUAAACAUUGUCAUGAGUAAGAGAUAUCUUCAAUUUAAUCAUAUCUAUGGUCUAGUUUAUUUUAGUAUGAAUGAUGCACAGAAUUUGUGCAUAUUUUACUCAGAAUUUCUAUUAAAAAGAAUUCUGUAUAUAUCAAUACAUGAAAUUUUUAAAUGUACAGUAUAGAAAGCUAAUGGAUCCAAGAUUACUUUAAUGAUUUUCUUUAAAAAAUAAUCAUUUACCCUAAUUUCGAAAAGAUACAUUGUAAUAAUGUCACUUCAUUGUUUUAUUAUGGUAAAAGAUUAUGUGAUUAGGCCCAUGUGUUACCCAUAUUUGAUGUUUUUGUUUGAAUUUUUGUAUGUGAAUGAUAGUAGAAAUCAUUGUGUUGAUAAAAGAUGUACGAUUCCAUAGCAGAAAUGCAGAAUUAUUCCAGGGGAACUGAAGGGGGGAAAAAAGGGAAACUAGCUUAAUUUAUAUUCAUAUGAAGCUGAUCGUGGUUGGUAUUGGAGUGAUUUUUGUUCAGUGUUCAAUUUUUUUUUCUUGCACAGAUGUAGAGGCAACCGGUUAAAAAAAGAACUUUAAAAUCAUAAGGGGAAAAUAAAGUUAACAGAAUAAUAAUAUGCAUUUAUAUAGUGCCGUCUAUCAAGAAAUAUUCUAUUCCGAGGCGCGUUGUUAUUCCCCCGGCUUUAGCUCGAGCUGCCUUUCAGCACUCGUGCAUUCAAGGAAUUAAUCCUGCCGGGUACCCAUUCACCUCACCUGGGUUGAGUGCAGCACAAUGUGGAUAAAUUUCUUGUUGAAGGAAAUUACGCCAUGGCUGGGAUUUGAACCCACGACCCUCUGUUUCAAAGUCAGAGACUAAUCCACUGGGCCACAACGCUCCACAUGCAUUUUCAUCUCUGAAAGAAUUCUAUUAAAAUCUAUUCAAAUCAAUAUCUUUUUGUUCAUGUAAGCGCUCUAGCGUUCUAAUCAUUCAUGCAAUUGUACUCCGAUGAGUGCUUGUCGAAAAACUUGUCUUAAGGCUAUAAAACAAUAUUUUCACCUACUGCUUUAAAGGAACCAUCCAAUUGUAUCUAAACUUCUCAGCCCACAAGUCUAUAGAAUAAUGAUCAUGAUUAUAGUGCAUUUUUUCGUUUGUUGUCUGUCAGAUAUGAAACUGAUACUCCAUGAUUAGUACCCCAGCUUUAGCAUAGAUUUGUAAUAAGACACUAUAAAGCUUUUUUAAGGAAUAAAUCCCUGGUUUCCUUUUAUUUCACCUGGGUUGAGUGUGGCAAAUGGAAAUCAAUGCCUUGCCAAAGGACAUUAAUUCCACAGCAGGAUUUGAACCCUAAACCUACAGUCUAAAGGCAUAUCCACUAGACCACGACACCUUAUUUAUUAUAAAAUUAUAGGUUUUCAUUGGGGAAUGAAACUUUUUUUGGGUACAUGUUCAUUUUUGUACUUUGUGUUACGAGUAUUAAUGUAAAAAAAUAAUUUUCACUUUAUUUUCUUUAUUAUAGUGUACAGUAAACCCAGUUUGAGAGAUCAUAUUUUAAUUGAAAAGAAAUGAUAUUAGUAACUUAUGUGUAUGAAAUAAACAUGAGAGACGGGUCAGAAUGCUUGCUUCAUUUAACCCAUAGAGGUAUGCAUUUUUCACAACGUCAAAAUCAUAAUUUUUGCUCCUCAAAUUGGCAAAAAUUCUUGUUUUUGUAUUAAAUUGGCAACAAUCAUUAAUUUUGUAUUGAAUUGCAUAACAAUCUUUAAUUUUGUAUAAAUUGUGGUUAUUGGCAGCAAUCAUUGAAAUGUAUUAAAUUGGCAACAAUUAUCUCUGAUUUUUUAUACAUUUUGGUUAUUGGCAACAAUCGUUUAUUUUAAUUUUGUAUUCAUAAUUUUACAAAAUAAAUGGAUAAAACAUGAAUCAAACUUAAUAAGGUAAUUUUAUGGAAAAGUUGCCAAUUUCCAUUUCGGGUAAUUUUUUUCAUCGUAUUGCCUACUGUGUAAUGAUUAAUUUGAUCAAGUUAAAGUGGCUUAUAUUCCAGAACGGCACCCCAAACUGUACUCAUCUUUUUCCACAUGUAAUUGUUUGCAUAACUGCAAAUAUAUCUCCAAAAGGGGGCACUGUACCUCUAUGGGUUAAAGAUAUUUCCCACAAUGUCAGGAGUCGAGUGUAGAGUUUAGAUAAAAACCAUAUUCCUCUUGUACAUAAUGUGUGCUUUCUUGAAAUAAACACACAACUAUGAGUGAA